AAUGAGGGCAUUCCUGUCGCCCAGCACUUGCCCACUUGGUUAAGGUACGGGAAACGAGCAUUAUGGAUCCUCAUGCCUACAUUUCUCCACCCAUCGUCAACCAAGGUCACGCCUAAACCUCUUCAUCCAUCGGCAUGGCUUGAUGGACUACGUGGCAUAUCUGCUUUGUUUGUCGUAUGCCAUCACUGGAGUCUCGUUGUCAUGCCGGCCAACAUGCGCCGUGGUUUCAUGACUGACGACUAUCCUAUGUUUCUUCAGCUUCCCAUAAUUCGAUUAACUGUUACGGGGUUUUCCGCUGUCUCCGUCUUUUUUGUCAUAUCUGGCUACGCACUUAGCUAUAAACCUGCAAAGCUCGCAGCACAAACAAAAAACGUCGACUUCCUUACCGCCGUGGCCUCCUCCGUAUUCCGACGAUACGUUCGACUUUUUCUUCCAAUCAUGGCAACUUCCUUUGUGAUUGCUUGUUUGGCGUACUUCAGACUUUUCGAGGUCGCCCCGGUGCCAAACCAGGCUGUUGUAUGGGGCAGACCACCUGUACUUGACACUUUCUUCGAUCAGAUGAAGAAUUGGUGUUCGCAAUUCGGCUCAUUGGCAGACCCCAUUUCCAAAGACAUAGGGCGAGGUGGAAGGUUUACCUACGACCCUGUACUUUGGACGAUCCCUUUUGAGUAUGAUGGAUCAAUGCUUGUGUUUCUGACACAGAUUGCCUUUUACCGACUUCGCCCUAGGAUUCGAAUUCUCUUCAAUAUCUUGAUUGUGGUCUAUUCCAUUCACUCUGGCUACUGGCAAUAUUUCCUCUUUCUCUCUGGGCUUUGCAUCGCUACCCUUCACUUCCAUGCUCAAGUUAAGCAUGGUGCGCAUGAGCCCGCAUCUCUGACGCUACCACUCACAUCAACUACAUGGACUUUUGAAACCUUUGGAUCCUCAUUCUCCCCCCUGGUGGCUCCAGGACGAAAAGAUAUUCGCAACAAGGCCAUCCAAAUCGCCUCCUUCCUCGGUGCUCUCUGGCUUCUAUCAUACCCAGACUCUACUGCUGCGAUUGCGCCAGGGUACAGGACGAUCUUCACUUUAACUCCUACCUCAUAUGGUGCAGAAGACUAUCGCUUCUGGGUUUCUAUUGCUGCUGUCUGGCUUGUUUUCACUGUCGACAAAUCGCCAGUUAUUCAGCCACUUUUCACAAAUCGUUAUGCUCAGUAUUUGGGUCGCAUUUCAUAUUCUAUCUACCUUGUUCACUUUAGCAUGAUCUGGUUAUAUGGCAUACAUGUCAUUCGAUUUUUUGCUGUGGUCACGGGAUCAGCUUUUGAGGCGAACUCAGCAAGUGUAAGCUGGGCUGUCAGCGCUAUUUUGGCAACAAUUUUCUUCCUCCCUGUCACAUUAUCUCUGGCAGACUUUGUGCAGAGAUAUGUAGAUGUUCAAUCUGUAGAAUUUUCAGCUUGGUUGGAAACCAAGGUAGUUAGUAGGACAAAAUGA